AUGUGUACCGGCAAGUGUGCCCGCUGCAUUGGCCUGGUCCUGCUUUCCCUGUCCUUCAUUUGCAUCAUAGCCAACAUCCUUCUCAUCUUCCCCAGCGCUGAGAAGGAAUGGACCGAUCACAUCACACUGCAGGUCUGGCUGAUGGGGGGAGUGCUCGGAGGAGGGCUUAUGGUCCUGUGUCCUGCAUGUUCCGCCAUCCGGGCUGGAGGUAAAGGAUGCUGCGGUGCAGGGUGCUGUGGCAACAGAUGCCGGAUGCUGCGGUCUGUCUUCUGCUCGCUUUUUGGCACCUUGGGCGCCCUGUACUGUCUCAUUGUGUCUUCGACGGCCCUGGCAAAUGGCCCACUGUGUGACGUCGGAGGUGGGAACUGGCAGCAACCCUUCCUGAACACCAACCACAGUUACCUGACGAACCAAACGCUUUGGGAGAUUUGCCAGAACCCUCCGAACAUCGUGGUGUGGAACGUCUCCCUCUUCUCCAUUCUCCUCAUCGCCAGCGCCAUCGAGCUGGGCUUCUGCGGCUUGCAGGUGGUCAACGGCUGCAUCGGCGUUUUCUGCGGAGAUUGCCGGAAGAAAAGCCGGAGAGACGAUGACGACCUGUGA